CUGGCGAACGGCAGCGACGCCAAGGUGCGGCGGGCUGGCCAUGUUGUGAAUGAGCGGACGGGGUGACGUCAGCGGACUACUGUCAACAAUGUAGGCGUUCCAGUCAAGUGUAACAAACAGCAGCACGCCGUGCACGGUCGCCUCACACGGAAUCGUAGCAGCAACACACCGCACAAUCACGGACGUGUUGUUCCAACCCGGAGGAGAACGAGUCAGCCGGGCGACGGGAGGGUAAAGCGAUCACCAUGUGAAAGAACUUACGCGCCGGAUCGAGCACGAAAGCAGCAAAAGGGCGUGAGCGGAAUGUCCGCGGAUGAGAAGCCUGAAGCCCCCAUGUAUGUGUAUGAGUCGACGGUUCAUUGUACCAAUAUCCUCCUCUGCCUCAACGACCAGCGGAAGCAGGAUAUCCUGUGCGAUGUGACUGUCCUGGUGCAGGGCAAGGAGUUUCGCGGGCACCGGGCUGUGCUGGCCGCCUGCAGCGAGUAUUUCCUGCAGGUGUUGGGAGGCCAGACGGAGAAUGGCUUGGUGCUCAGCCUUCCUGAAGAGGUCACCGCUGAAGGAUUCGCCCCAUUGUUGCAGUUUGCCUACACUGCUAAACUGUUACUCAGCAGAGAAAACAUUCAGGAGGUCAUCCGCUGUGCCGAAUUCCUGCGCAUGCACAACCUAGAGGACUCGUGCUUUCGUUUCCUCGAAGCUCAACUGCGUAGCGAGGAGGACACCUUGCUGCGCGGCCGCAAGGGAGCCGCUGAUGCCAUCAACUCAGAGGAUGAGAGCAUGCAGUCAGAGGCGGAAAGGCCCUCCUCCCCCAGGAUGCAAGGACGUGGCGACGGUCUCUCUUCGUUUCAGCACCCGGCCGAUAAUUGUCCAGCGGUGACGAUACCUAGCAGCUUGGCAGAUGGCCGCUUGGACUUUGAUCGACACCGAGGAUCGGACCUGCCACGAUGCCCCAAGUACAGGAAGUACCAGUGGGCUAGCAACAAGCACAACAAUGACUUCUCCUCACACAGCGGUACCUCAGGUUUUCCAAGCACAAUAAAAGAGAGCAGCAUCCGCGGGGGAGCCAGCGGUCAGGACAGGCUGACUUUGGCGCAGAUCAAAGUUGAACCGCAGGCAGAGGAGGAGGCCGUCUCGUUGUGCCUGUCAGGGGAUGAGCAGGACUUCAGGGAUGAGGAUGGUGUGACGGCCAUGGAGAUGGAUAGUCCCAGGUCUGUGGAAAGAAUCAAGAGAACCAAGUCCCCUUCCUGCCUCAAAGCCUUCUUCAAAAAAGGAGCGGACCUCCCCAACCUUCCCAACACAUCACAGCAGCUUUUUGCCAACAUCCUCGGCUGCCCCCAGGACAAAGUUAACUCUCAGGGAGAACACAAACAAGACUUUAGAGCUUUGACUGGGAAGCUGGGUCUGUCCUUAAUAUCCCCAAACCAGAAGGACGGUUUCCCAGCUAGUAUGUCCCUGAAGUCAUCUUCCUGUGAUGAAAUCUGCAAACAGGAAGUGGAGCUGGAUCGCCGAAGUGUCAUAUUUUCCUCAGGAGCCUGCAAUCGUAUCGGAACCCCAGCCCAUUCCUACCCUGGUGGGAAUUCUUUGGAGAUGGAGCUCUCUGAGCACAUGCCAAAGGGAAUGUGGCCCGGUGCCAGCCAAUCCCUCCCCACCUGCCAGGCCUUUUGCCCCAGCACCACCUCCGCCGAUCCCCAACUACCGUGCCGCCCCCGGCCCAACACCAGCUGCCCGGUUCCAAUAAAAGUGUGCCCACGCUCACCACCGUGCGAGACACGCACCAGGACGUCCAGCUCCUGUUCCUCUUACUCGUAUGCGGAGGAUGGAAGCGGCGGUUCUCCCUGCAGCCUGCCUCAGUUUGAGUUUUCUUCCUCCCCUUGCUCCAACAUGGCCCGCUGUCUCAACGUGGAUCAACAGGAGCAAAGCGGAGGGGAUGCUCUUUUUAACCAGGGCCAGCCCAAGAUCAAAUGCGAGCAGUCCUACGGCACCAACUCCAGCGACGAGUCGGGUUCUUUUUCAGAGGGAGACAGCGAGUCCUGUGCGGUACAAGAACAUGGUCAGGAGGUGAAACUCCCAUUUCCCGUUGAUCAAAUCACAAAUCUACCACGGAACGACUUCCAAAUGUUGGUGAAAAUGCACAAAUUGACCUCAGAGCAGCUGGAGUUCGUCCACGAUGUCAGGCGAAGAAGCAAGAACCGUAUCGCUGCACAACGCUGCCGCAAGAGAAAGCUGGACUGCAUCUUGAACCUGGAGUGUGAGAUCCGGAAACUGGUGUGUGAAAAGGAAAAGCUUCUCACGGAGAGGAACCAGCUGAAGGCUUGCAUGGGAGAGCUAUGGGAGAAUUUCUCCUGUCUGUCCCAGGAGGUGUCCAAGGACGUCCAGGUGAGCCCAGAACAGGUCCAGGCGUUGCACCACUACUGUCCGGUUCUACGAGCCACCAACUCCACUGCCAGCAACAAUGCCGCCUUUGACCCCAAGCCUUCUACCAGAACCAACACCGCCAGCAUUGACCUCACUGCGCAAUCCGACUCCCCUGAGCCCAACUUCCAUGGUUCUCCCGGGCCUUUGGAUGGGGAGUCCGGCUCGGCUGUCAGAAACGGGGCAGACAAAGAUACGAACGGCCAAGACCCCACCGGCUUGUACACGGAAAAAUCCAACCAGACGGUGACGGUUGAUUUUUGCCAGGAAAUGACGGAAAAAUGUACAACCGAUGAGCAACCACGGAAGGACUCCACAAAGUAGUUUGUGUUUUUUUGUGUUUUUUUUUUUUUUAACUUAUUGAACGAUUCUCCUGCGACAAACCCUGUUUCUCAGGGUGGCUGCGACGGCCAGCUUCUGCCAGUUUUCACUGAAAAACAAUAUUUGUAAGUAUUUAUGUUUUUCUUCUUGUCUUAACAGCAGCAAUACUGUUCUCAAGGUGUUCUCUCACCACACGUGGGGCGCUUCUCACCAAAUCCUUAACAAUGGUGCUACACGCCCCGCCCCGGCAGCAUCUUCUAUGGCCACAAAACACACAGAACCUCAUCCUUUUUCUUUCAGCAGCAUCGCAGCCUUUCUCUUCCGCAACGCUCCCAUUCCUUCUCCAUCGGUCUUCUCUACCUCUACCUGAUGCUUCUUCUCUCGCUUUCUGCUCUUAUAGAGAGGCUUUUCAUCCACAGCUACUCCAAACUCAGGAAAAAGAAUCCUCUGAAUGUUCAACGUACUUCAUGAAGAAUGACAACACGGCUUUUGUACGCAAGGAGGUUAGACAUUAGUAAAACAUGUUUAUAUGCAAAAAAAAUGUGUCUGGUGUUUGUAUUUCUGUACAGGCUGUAAACAUGACAUUCCCUUUUGCCUACCUGAGCACCGUACAGAAGGUAAAAAAAAAGCAGAGGAUUGGUGGCAGCGACAUAUUUAGUCCCUCUAACCAGCAAUACAUUGUAUUUGAUUGUUGUACACAAUGUAUGUAUAUAGUACUGUGCAGCUUCAUGGACCGAUGACUGGCAGGUGCAGCCUUACAUUUUUUUCACCAAGCAUACGCAAGAUCUCACCAUCUCAUGUACUGAACCCCCUACCCCCCCUGCCCCCCCAACAUGGAGCAUGUUCUUAAUUCUCAGGAAAAAUCAGCUUGAUAGACAUGUUGGCACAAACGUUACAACCCAAGCUCAACCUGUACAAAUGUUUUUUAAACCCUCCCCCACCCCCCAAAUACACACUCGCUGGGCGUAACGGGGCUCCGGCUGUAUUGUAAUAUUCAUAAUAUUUGAUUGUUAUCCUCAUUUACAUAUUUACAUAA